CAGUGGGCUAGUUUUACGGGAUAGGUUAUGUACAAAAAAAAACCUUUGAUUUAGGAACCACGAUCAUCUUUCCAGCGAGAUAAUUAUCCGUUGACAGUAUUUAUACCUCAAGGGAUCUAAACACUAUCUUUCCAUCGUCUAUGUACCCUCCAGCUCGAGGCAUUAUAGCUCCGCUUAUAAUUACGAGAACACCCCCCCGCAAUCCGGACCUCGCUUAGUGUCCCCGCAUCUUCAGAAGCAAGAUAGGGAAUUAUCCCAACGAACCAUUUCUUCCCUAAAGUAGUCAGGGGUCUUGGAUUCAAUAAGAAUGCCAAUUGGCCGUCGUCUCCACGUACCACGUGAAGCUAGACCAGUCCCCCCACAGUCCAAGAGCCACAUCUCGUAUCCGUGGCCAGCUGUCCGGCAGUUCUACAUAUCCUGCAUCCCUUGCAUCGGGAACAAUCCUGCGGAAUCGUCGGUAUAAAAGGUGGUGUCUAAGACGCACAUUGAAGUUUCCCCAUGGUUAUCGGGCUGCACACGCCGCUUCCUUGUUUCAAUGGCUGACGCAAAAUCGUUCGCCGACCCUGCUGGGGAUUCAGAGGCCAAGAAAAAUGCUAUUGAGGAGAUUCCACUGGAUGAGGGAACACUAAAACUUGAUCGACAGACAGUUCUGAGACUGGAUCUGCUGUUGAUGCCGAUGACACUUAUGUUGUAUCUUCUGGCGUGGUUGGACCGUGCAAAUGUUGGAAAUGCGCGAGUGGCUGGCCUGGAAAAAGACUUGAACUUGACGGAUCUACAAUAUAAAACAGCUAUUACCGUGACAUAUGUCCCCUACGUGGUUUCCGAGCUCCCCUCCAAUUUGCUGCUGAAAGUCGUCGGUCCGCGAAUCCUUCUGCCUACGCUGUGCACCCUCUGGGGCUUAGUUACAACACUUCAAUCUCAGGUCCACAAUUAUUCCGGCUUCCUUGCCUGCCGAUUCUUUCUUGGACUGCUCGAAGGAGGACUCUUUCCUGGUAUUGUGCUCUUUCUGUCCAACUUCUACCGCCGACAUGAACUUCAGGUCCGCAUCGCACUCUUCUUCUCUGCCGCUUCCCUCAGUGGAGCCUUUUCGGGCCUGCUCGCCGCCGCUAUCCAACAGAUGAGCGGCCUUCGAGGGAUGAAAGGAUGGCAGUGGAUUUUCCUGCUGGAAGGCCUCUUCACCGUCUGCUUCGGCCUCUUCUCCUUCCUUGUACUGCCCAACGGCCCGGACAAAAUGAUCACCUUCCGACCCGAGCAUGCACAGCGGUGCAUUGCGCGGCUGCAGCAAGACGGGAACAAGUUCGAGACAGACACUAAGGUCACGUUCAAAGAAGUCAUAUCGGUCCUGAAGAACCUGCAUGUGUGGAUCUUGUGUCUCAUCCUCUUCUGCAAUGGUGCAUGUCUCUUCGGCCUCGCGUACUUCUCGCCCUCCAUUGUCAAGGCGCUCGGGUACAGCCCCACCAAGACACAGCUCAUGACGGUGCCACCGUACGCCUGCGGAUUCGUCGUAACCAUGCUGACCGCCUACUUCUCCGACCGUCACCAGCAGCGCGGAGUCGGUGCCUUCGCUACUAGCGGGAUUGCGUUGAUCGGUGCCGCAUUGGCUAUCAAUGGCCGCAGCAUUGGCGUUCGCUACGCCGCCCUCGUGCUCCUCGUGACGGGAGUAUAUGCGUGCGCCCCCUGCUUGAUUAGUUGGAUGCCCAAUAACACGGCCGGCCAUGUUCGGCGGGCAACCGCCGUUGCUAUGGCGUUUAUAGCGACGAAUGUCGGGGGGAUCAUGAGCACGUGGAUCUACCCUGAGAAGUCCGCGCCCUACUAUGAGCUAGGGGCCCGGUUCAAUCUCUCCCUAACCGUUAUCGCGAUGGUGCUGGCGGUGGUGCAGGUUUGUUUGUUGCGGGUGUUAAAUCACAGGAAGAAAAGCGAGUCGGUGCGUUUGUUAGUGGGGGUAGAGGACUUGCCGUACGAAGAGCAGUUUGCCAAGCUGGGGGAUAGGCAUCCUAGAUACAAGUAUACCUAUUAGUACCAUAGACUGCGGUUACUAGCGUUCUAUGGCAAAAAUAUCUUGUGCCUUCCCACUGGGCUUAGUUCAAUCGUGUAUCUAGAUAAGGUCUGAAUAUGAUCAUUGUAUACUCUACAGUGCAUCAGUGAACCUUGUCUUGGCCACAUACCUACCUACAUAAAUACGCUGCCUGAUAGAUUUCCAAAGUGCCCAUCCAUGAAACGAUCACCACCCCGCAAAUAUUUAGUAUGGUUGUUCUUCAUGAACUAUGAGAGACAGACUCCUACCAUCGCCAAGCU